AUGGCCGCAACCACCGAACCGACUACGAAAACACCAGGGGGUGUCCCGCGAGCCACGCCUGGGCGCGGCUCGCCAGCGCGUGCGCCUAUCGCACCCGCAGUCGUCAACGAUGGACCCGCUCGCGAGAGCGGGGAGCGAGACGAUAAGAUCCUCGCCGCGCUCGCCGCACUCACCGAUCGACUGGCGAGCCUCGAGUCGUCGCAGAUAGUGCGAGACGAGGAGGAGCGCAUGCUCGGGGCCGUAGAGAGCGAGCUUUUCGCCUCCAAAAUCGGCGCCAACAUGCGCGGCCGACCGAUGACGAUUGACGCGAUCGGAGACGCGGAGGAGAAGGCACCGGUGCCGCGUGGGUACCAUCGCGCACCAGCGUCUGUGCCACCUUCGCGGGAGUAUGCAGCGCUACCGCCGCCGAAACAAGUCGCUCCGCCACAAGCUUAUGUGCUACCGGGCCUCAACGGCUACGGAAUGCCGUCGGCAAGCCAGAGGAAGUUAAACACACGCAAGUUCGAUGGUACUGAGCUGUACCGCGGACUCGGGAGCGGAUUCUUUGACUGGGGCGUACGUUUCUGCGCGCGGUGA